AUGCCUGCAGACCCGAAACUCAACCUGGACGACCGCGUGCCGUGGAGCGAGCCGGCAUGGUAUCGCAGCCUCUCGUCGCCGUAUUAUAACGAGUCGCACCGGCGGCUGCGCGACCGCGUGCGCAAGUACGUCGACGAGAAGAUCCUGCCCGAGGCGCUGGAUUGGGAGGAGGCCGGCGACGUGCCUCGCGAUGUGGCGCUCCAGUUCUGCCGGUCUGGCAUCCCCUUCGAGGAUGUGCCCGUCAAGUACCGCCCAUCAGACAUCCCUGUGCUGGCGGGCGUACCGCACGACCGGCUUGAUGCCUUCCACAUGCUCAUCGUUUCGGAUGAGAUGGCGCGUGUAGAAGGCGGCGUGGGCAUCGCCUUGGCGGGCGCCUCGUCGAUUGGCGCCCCGCCCAUCAUCCAUUACGGCACAGAGGCGCAGAAGGCGAAGUGGCUGCCGGGGCUGUUCGACCGCACGACGAGCUUCAGCCUGGGCAUCACGGAGCCCGGCGGCGGAUCAGAUGUCGCGCGGCUUAAGACGACGGCGGAGAAGACGCCCGACGGCAAGUUCUACAUCGUCAACGGAGCCAAGAAGUGGAUUACCGGCACGCCCUGGGCCUCGCACAUGACGACGGCAGUGCGCACAGGAGGUGAUGGCAUGAAGGGCAUCUCCGUGCUCGUCAUCCCCAUGGACAGCCCUGGUGUGCAUCACGAGAAGAUUCGCAACAGCGGGCAAAAUGCCGGCGGCGCAUCGUUUGUCGACCUUGAGAACGUCAAGGUCCCGGUCGAGAACCUCAUCGGCGAGGAAAACAGGGGCUUCCCCGUCAUCAUGAAGAACUUCAACCGCGAGCGCUUCCUGCUGGCCGUGGGCUGCAACCGCAAGAGCCGCACGUGUUUGGCCAUGUCGUUCCAGUACGCGAUGCAGCGAGAGACGUUUGGCCGGCCGCUCAUGCACAACCAAGUCAUCCGGCGCAAGCUUGUCGAGCUGGCGCAUCGCGUCGAGGCGCACUGGGCCUGGCUCGAGCAGAUUGCCUACCACGUCGGGCAGUCGCCGCUGGGCUGGCAGAGCCCGGAUAUUGCGAGCCGCAUUGCCCUGGUUAAGAUCCAGGGCGGGCAGAUGGUCGAGCUCGCGGCAAGAGAGGCACAGCAGAUCUUUGGCGGCGCCGGAUACCAGAGGGCCGGGCCGGGCGCGACGGUCGAGCAGAUCAGCCGGGACCUGCGAAUGCUGGUCGUUGGGGGCGGCAGCGAGGAGAUCAUUUCGGAUCUCGCGAUCCGACAGGAGCUUUCCGUGGCGGCAGGCAAGGCGAAGAUGUAA